CUCUGCUCUUCCGGCAACAUUGGCCAAUGAACGCAGACUUCUGCGUGACGUAACACAUAACUUUCAAUCAGCUGUUCGCGUGCGGAUGAAUCUCAGUUUUAUCGCUCAGUCUUGUGUUAGGUUGGGUGCGGUUGCCUUUCCAUCGUUUUUUUAGUUAUUAUUAAUUGAGUUAUGCUAAGACGGUGUUAAAAAGUAUAGGUAAGGUGUUAUACACUCGUAGAUUCUUACCAUGGAUAGCAAUUUUAGUUGUUAAAUAGGCUUUGUAGGGCAACUUCAAGGACUGAAGGAGGACUAGACCUAGAAAGAUAUAAAGUUACGGUAUCACAAACAAACAAAGAUAUUUCCAUGCUUGUAUGGAAGGUUUAGAAUUAAUUUAUUGACGAUUCUUGAGUAUUCAGCAGACCCUUUAAUAUAGACUACAGUAUAUUUGAAUAAAAAAUAAUGGCCGUUUGUGUGAUGCAUGUUUGUAAGAACGAGGGGAAAGUGACCAAUUUUACUGAUGUCGGUUGGUCUAAAUUUAUAGAGUCGACAAAGACCUGGGCAGCAAAUAUAAGUCAUGCAGGAGUUGAAAAAGAUGUAGCGUUGGAAGUGAUUGAAAGAUACUUCACUUCAGAAGAAAGUGGCAAUGUUCCACCCAUUCCACCUAAUGCAGGCUACCAUCGCUGCUGCUAUCAGCGCUAUACAUGUAAAAAUAAAAUGGGUCGAAGAAAAAGUCACAAGGAAAAGCGUAAAGCCGGGGAGCUUGAUCCUGACACACUCGCACUGCCUAAAAAGAUGCUACGCUCUUCUAUACCAACAAAGGGUUUGGGAACGAUUGAACGACCGCAUAUUUUUUCCGUAAAGUGUACUAUAUGUGGAAUUACGAGAUUUAAACGCAAUAAGGUGACUGGGAAGAGAGUAUUAGAGAAACUGACUCGGUGUCAGACAUUGGAAGCAGGAUGCCUUCUCGAAGCAGCAAAGCGAAAAAAAGAUGAGAUUUUACUACUCCAACUACGGGAUGUUGAUCCGGUUGCAUCCGAAGUCCGGUGCCAUUCAAGUUGCUACCAAGGCUAUACUCGCUUCAUGAGAAGAAAGAUAGAACAGUCAGGGUCUGUGGAUACGCGGUAUGCUACUGCAUUCAAAAUGUUUUGUGAAGAAUUUAUUGUACCAAGGAUAAUUGUGAACAAGGAGAUAUUUCGGUUAACAUUCUUAAACACCCUCUUCAAGAGAUACAUCGAACAGUUUGAGCUUUUUGAUUCUCCUGGUUAUCGUACCUCCAACUUGAAAGAGCGUUUAAAAAAAAAAUUUCCACAACUUGCAUUUAUACGGUCCAAAGAGCAGACGUGCAGUGAUCUGGUGUUCGUGGAUACCAUUUCAGUUGUUGAUGUCAUUGAAGAAAAAGAAAACACUGCCGAUCAUACUGUCACAUACACUGUUAUGGAGGCAGAAAUGGAAGACGAUUCUGAGAAUGAGCAACCAACAUGUUCGCAACCAUCCGCGCCUCCUGCAACUAAUCCACAGCAAAUAUUUGCUUCUGCGAUGUAUCUCAGAAAUGUUAUUAAUGACCAUGACCCUUCUUUUCAACACUGGCCUCCCACUUCAGAGCACUUCGAUGAUAAUGCAGUAAAAAAAUCUGUACCAAAGUUGCUGGUUCAAUUUAUUAGUUGGAUUACUGGGUUAAUUUCUGGUCCUUUUUGUGUAGAAGUAGAAGAAAGAAUGUCAAAAAAAAUCUACUCCAUCUGCCAGGAUAUUGUUUACCUAUCCAAGGGCGGAAGAAUGCACAUGCCCAAGCACAUGUCACUUGCUAUGGCAGUCCGUCAUUUGACUGGAUCAGCCUCGUUGAUUACCCUCCUCAACGGUCUGGGGCACUGUGUGUCCAAUACUAUUGUUUUAGAAUACGACACUGCUCUGGCCACCUUACAAGAGCUGAAGGGUCCCAUCUUGUUUCUCCAUCAUGUAUCAAAUCAAAUCGGCCUGUGACGCUUGUGUGGGAUAAUAACGAUUUUGGGGAAGAGACAUCUACUGGAAAGGGCACCACCCAUAAUA